GGAGCAGUCAAUCGCAGUCACAUAAGUUUUUUACAACAACUGUAAUAACAUGGCAUGUUUACACAGCGUCUCUAAAUGUGCUGCUUUAAUCUUCGUCGUUUUAUUGACACUGAACGAAUGUAACUGUAAAACGAUACCUCGUCAUAUUGACUUACUCUAUGAUCCCGACAUGGGUAGAAAUGUGAGCUUACUGAUUUCAAGUAAGGGUUACCCUGUAGAAGACCACUAUGUCCAAACUAAAGAUGGAUUCAUAUUGUCCAUGCAGAGGAUCCCUCACGGCAAAGUCAACAAGAACACUGGGCCGAAAGAUGUGGUAUUCUUACAACAUGGUCUCCUCUCUGCUUCGUCCGACUGGGUCAUAAAUUUUCCUAACGAGAGCUUAGGAUUUAUUUUGGCAGAUGCUGGUUACGAUGUUUGGAUGGGAAAUGUCAGAGGCAAUACGUACUCCAGACGUAAUGUGAACUACACUCCCGACAAGAAGGAAUUCUGGAAUUUCAGUUUUGACGAGAUUGCAGAACGCGAUCUACCAGCUAUGAUAGAUUACGUUCUGAACUCUACUGGGCAGAAGGACUUGUUCUACGUCGGCCACUCUCAGGGAACGACAGUCGCCUUUGCCCUUCUUUCCGAAAAGCCAGAAUACAAUGAAAAGAUCCGACUUUUCGUAGCUUUAGCGCCUGUGACGACUGUGGGAUACAUUACUUCAGCCAUCAGUUACCUGGCACCAUUUACUUCAGAAGUUGAUUUCCUGUUUAAACUUCUGGGUGUAAACGAGUUCUUGCCGAAUAGCGAAUUGAUGAAGCUGCUGAGUGAAUUCGUUUGCGAUACCAGAGAGCGAUUCAUCUGUGAGGAUGUAAUGUUUCUUUUCUUUGGCACAGACCUGAAAGAGUUGAAUGAAACUCGAAUGGCUGUAUACUCAGCUCAUACGCCAGCUGGAACUUCAACAAAAAGCAUAGUGCAUUUUGCUCAAAUGGUUAAUUCCAAGAAGUUUCUAAAAUAUGAUUACGGUAAAAAAGGAAAUCAGUUAAAUUAUAACCAGCCCACUCCACCGGAGUAUGACGUUUCAAAGAUAACGACACCUGUCGCUCUCAUCUGGUCCCUGAAUGAUAAAUUAGCGGAUCCGACAGACGUUGGGCUUCUCCAAAAGAAACUUAGGUCCAUGGUAUCAUCUUCCUGCGUAUCAUUUCCACUUUUUAACCAUGGAGAUUUCGUACUGGCUGUUGACGCUCCUAAGCUGGUGUACAAUGAAGUGUUGGGCCUUUUCCAGAGAUUCUCCCACUGAACUUUCGAUGCAUAACUGUUUAAUAUAAGCUGUGAGAUAAAAAAUUCACACUAUCAGGAAUAGUUACACUGACCCGAAGGGAAUGUUUUUAUUUAUUUAUUAGCUAUUCUUGAAUUUGAAUGGUGAAAUAUGUACAGAUUUAAAAUGUUAUUAAAAUUUUUAUUUGUAAGUAUGCA